CAUCGCCGUUCCCCCUGCCAGUGCCGUUACACAUUCUCAUCAUGUCUACUACUCGCCCCGAGUACCUCGUGCGCACCACCGAAGUGCCCUUCGAGUCCCUGCGGCACCUCAUGCACCCCAUGGACAACACCAACCAGCGCUACACCGUCUCCCUCGGGGACAGCGUCGGCCUGACCAAGCUCGGCAUCCACUUCUGCCGCCUCCCCCCGGGCGCGACCUCCAGCACGCUGCACUACCACACCAACGACGAGGAGUUCUACUACAUCAUCGACGCGGGCGGCGACGACGCCGUGCUCCUCGUCUGGGAGCGCCCCGAGGGCGAUAACGGCGAUAAGGGCCAGGGCGCGGCGGCGCAGGGGAAGAGCGUGCCGCGGGAGGAGACGAUCAAGACCGGCGACUUUUUGGGCUUCAAGGGUGGGGACAAGGGCGCACACGCGCACGCGCUGAGGGCGGGCGCGAAGGAGGUGGUGUAUAUCGUUGGCGGGACGCGGAUGCCGAUGGAUAGUUCGGUGUAUCCGUUGUUGGGGAGGCGUGUGCUGACUGACAGGUCUCAGGGGGGCUUGCAGACGUGGUUUGUGGAGGACAAAGACAUGACUCCCGUACAUAUCCCGCCACCCACGGUAGUGUAGUUUUCUUCCUCGCCAGAGAGGUAGUCGGGCAAGGCGCCCUUGACGAUUAUUCAGGAAGUUAACGAGCUACCAGUGCAAAUGCAAAUCAAGUAAUAGGUUCAGC